AUGCAGCACAGCAACGUUCCAAAAAACAACUCGAAAACACCCCCCGGCAGCACGCCCCCAACCAGCGCUUUGGGCCACACCUCUGCGACACCCCCGCCUUACAUUCGUCAUUCCUUCUGCACCGUUCCUUGCCUAUCUUUCCCACCGCCUUCGUCCGCCCCUCUCGUCGCCGCAGCCCCACUUCAUCGACGACCGAACCGCCGCACCUUCUCUUCCACCCCGGAAAAUGUCGACUUUCACUGAGCUUCAACCCGCGCCCUCUACGGAGGUGCCUGCCGCGCCGGCAGAGUCAUCCUCUACAGUCCCCUCCAUUUCGACCUUGUCCCGCGUCGCCGGCAUGGUCCCCUCGCUCGAGACGCUCAAGGAGCGCAUGGGCGAUGUCUGGUCUCGGUCCCGCCCAUGGGGCGAGUUUCUCAACACCUCGCAGAUGGGCAAGCCGGAGUUUGCAGACCUCUUCGAUCGCAUCAAGGAGAAUGCCGAGUACUACGCCUUCAACUACCUCGUCAUCCUGCUGCUCAUGUCCGCCCUCACCGUCCUCACAUCCCCGCUCGCUUUCCUCGGCGGUCUUUUCAUCGUCAUGGCCUACUUCUAUCUUUACUUUCUGAACCCCGAACCGCUCGUCGUCGCCGGAAUUUCCGUCGAUAACAACGUCAAGGCAGCCGCUAUCAUGCUCUUCUCUCUCGUCGUCCUUUGGCUCACGGGCGCGGGCGCCACUUUCACUGUUCUAGUUCUCGUUGUAGGGAUCGUCGCGCUUACCCACGCGGCCGUCCGCAGGCCACCGGGCGAGGCCGAUUUCGAGACUGCCUACACCCCUGCCACCGUCUAAUUUGUCCUAAACUUCUGUUUUGCGGGCAUCUUGCUUGUUGCAGCCGUGCCCAGUUGAUUGUUCGAGUUUUAAUAUGUAAAGCUACCAUCUUUCGCUUGUUGAUCCU